UUUCUGCGGUCGCUCCCCAUUUCCCAUCUUCCCUUUCGGCUCCUACGCGCCGAGGAACAAGGUCGUGAAAAGAGGAGGACUUCGUGGUGCUGCCGUUUGUACCGUCUUAGGGCUCUGCGCUUUUCGCAAAACCUCCAACGGCCUUAUGUUGGGACAGAGCAUCCGGAGGUUUACAACCUCUGUGGUCCGUAGGAGCCACUAUGAGGAGGGCCCAGGAAAGAAUUUGCCAUUUUCAGUGGAAAACAAGUGGCGAUUACUAGUUAUGAUGACUUUGUACUUUGGAUCUGGAUUUGCUGCACCUUUUUUUAUAGUAAGACAUCAACUGCUUAAGAAGUAAGGAUGUUUUACUUGAUCGAUCAAACAGAUGUGGAAAGGAACAUUUUAAGAGGUGCAGUCUCUUUGAAAAAUGGAUCAAACUCUUGAAUUCAACAUACUCAAUAUGUUUGUAAAUAAACUUAUGGCAUGACUCCUUAA